AAAACAUAAAGAGGAAGAAGAGGAAGAAGACUAUGGGCUUUCGGCGAACCGCAAGGACAACGCAACUUCCCGCAUUUCGCAAGAGACGCAAAAGAAUAAAUUUUUUCCCCUUAAUUUUACUUCAUUAAAUUAAAUUAAAUUCUUCAUUCCAUUUUUCUUCACCGACCAAUUGAUCUGUUAAUUUAAUCAAUUAUAUAUAUAUAUAUAUAUGUUUCGAAGAUUGAUGAUAACAUUUGAAUGGAAGAUUAUCAUCGACCAUGAAUGCUUGUUUCUCAAUUACAACCUCCGUCGGUGGCAAAUGCAUUGAUUCCGUGCACAACCAUGAAUUCCAUGUGCAUCCUUGCUUGCUGGUACGGAGGUCAGAAGCUUUGUCCUAUCCGUUAUUUUGGGGGGUUUAGUAUGUGCUUGGGUUUAUCACCACAUUCUUGGAAGGGAGUAGUAGUAGCUGAAAUGAGGAUGAAUUCCAUAGAUGCAUAGCACUAGCUCCUUAAUGGAUUUGGGAAUUGCUUUUCAUUGAACUGUUAGCUGAAGUUACGGGACAUUUCAAUUUCUUCAUUAAUUUUAGUGGCAUGGUAGUAGAGACGCAACUUGAGUUUUAUGUGUUCAGAACAAGGAUGAUAACUGCACCAUGUUCAUUUGGCAAAUCUGAGUAGAGAUUUGUGAAUUCACUGCAAUAGGAAAGGAGACUAUCGACAAGAAAUCUUUUAGGUCUUUUUAAAAUUAGUGAUGGGCUUGCCACAAGUUUCAUCAAGCGAAACAGCUGAAGAGGGAGCAGGGUCUUUGAGCACAUCUGUGUGCACUCCGCCACAUUUUGUUGGUGUGAGCACUUGUGAUUUGGAUGGAAUGCAUGUGGGAAGUAUUAGCCAAAUUGUUGGAGACUCCUUGUGUUCUUCUUUAGGAGACUUUCAGAAGAAAACGUCUUUGGAGCAAUCAGAGACUCCAGAUGAUUCGUUUAAUUGUAAAGGGGCCAUGGAAGGCAUUCACCCUAUAUCCAAUGCUCAUGGAUUGAAAAUUGGUUCUGAGGAUAAACUUGGUUUGUUAACACCUAAAACUGGUCAGAAUAUUCAGAGUCCUGCUUCUAGAAUUGUGGGCUUUGAGUGUGGUAGGAAGGAUUAUUUCUUAGAUCGAUUCGACGAGGUUUCAACUGAUCAUGUUAAUUCUUCUUCUGUAGUUGGUAUCACAGUUAAUGAAACUGAGUCCAGUGGGUCACCAGUGAGGAAGCGAUUGUUGUCUCCCUUGUGUGGUGUCCUAUUUGCAGACCAAUUUGGUGGUGAUUCUAUAGAUAUUCGCUGCCACAACUCUCAAAUAAACACACCUGAUAGUUGUAGUGUUUCUAUACCGCAAGAUUAUAAGAAAGCAAAUAUUGGAAGUAGAAACCAUUUCACCAUGUCCACAUCUAAUUGCUCAGAAAGGAAGGAUAUGUUAUGUGAUUACAGUAGGACAGCCCCCAUUUUUUCCAUUGAUGGCCCUUUACUGAAGGAAAAGGAGGUGUUGCCUUGUACGUGUUUAUCUUCACUAGGAUUAGAUGUUUUGAGAGGCUCAAACAAGGUAAGAAGCCAAACUGGAGUGAUAUCCAUAUUCCCGGAAAAGGCGAUCUCAUCCCCUCUUUCUUUGUCUCCUCUUGGUCCAAAAUAUUCUGAAAUGAUGAAAACUGCUGAAGGAUGCAGGACUGUCAGGAAAGAGAUAGAAGGUAAUUAUUUAACCUUUAAAAAUGUGGAACAGUCACUUGGAAAAAAUAUCUCAGACAUUAACUUUGCCCCUGAAGAAGAGAAUUUUUGGGUGGCUAGUAAAUCAUUUGAAGAUAUUACUCAUUUGCACAAAGAGGCCUACUCGGAAAGCAACUAUGGAAAAAGUUGGACUUCAUCUCAUGAUACCAUACCUCAGUGUGUGAAAUUGGGUAGAAGUUCGAGAGGACUUCCUGUUAGGAGAUCAUUGGUUGGUUCUUUUGAGGAAUCCCUGCUGUCUGGCCGGUUGUCUUCUGGAAAACUCAGUCAGAGAAUUGAUGGGUUUUUAGCUGUUUUAAGCAUUACUGGUGGCAGCUUCUCACCAAAAUCACAGAAACUGCCUUUUGCAGUAACCAGUGUUGAUGGAGAUAACUACUUACUGUACUAUGCCUCCAUAGAUCUCGGAAGAAUUCCAUCAAACAAUUUUGCAGGACAAAAUUUGAAAAGUGGCCUUAGUAAUGUUGAUUCACAAGGUGCUACAAGUCGUCUGCGUAUUCCUGUGAAAGGGCGCAUACAGCUGGUUCUAAGCAACCCGGAAAAAACACCUCUGCACACAUUCUUUUGUAACUAUGAUCUGAGUGACAUGCCUGCUGGUACCAAGACAUUCUUGCGUCAAAAGGUCACCCUAGCCACGUCUGGCUCAGCUUCUCCACAGGUGAGAAGAGAGCAGAGAAACUUUGAUAUGAUCUAUGAUGAUAAGGUGAUUCCCUUGGAAAGAAGUCAUCCUGACCAAAGUAUCAAAGGAUGGAAGGGCUCUAAUUCGAUGGGUUCAAUUGAUAAAGCAAAUCCAUCGAAUGAACACUAUCAUAUGGGAAAUAUAGGUUCCCCUGCCAUGAUGGUUCAGAAUGAAUGCAACAAACAUGUGUGCCAGAGAACUUGUGACACAGAUUUCAGCCUGGCAGAUUCAUGCCAAGAAGCCAUAGGAAAAUCAGAAUAUGCUUGUUCAAAGGUCAAUGAGAAUGCUGCCAGUGUUGGUACUCUACGUUACGCACUUCAUCUCCGUUUUCUAUGCCCAUUUCCUAAGAAAAGUUCUAGAUCAGUCCAGAGAUGUAAAUCCAAUCCUCUCUCUGAGUCACAAAAGACUAACUUUGAUGCUGAAGGGGAACUGAGAUUUUAUUUAUACAACAAUUUGAGGGUUGUGUUCCCUCAACGCCAUUUUGAUGCUGACGAGGGGAAGUUGAAUGUGGAAUACCAUUUUCCAGCAGAUCCGAAAUACUUUGAUAUCAGCAACUGAAAUGUCAGACCGUCUCCUCAGUGUAUGGUUUUGUUGUUGUCAAUGUAUAUACUUGUAACAUGUUCCUUGAAAUGGCACUAACACAGUUUCACCUGUAAAAACUUUUUUCUAAAUCACCAAUAAUGCUCGUCUUUGUUGUUGUAACCUUUUUUAGUAUUGAGGAAUCUCUCUCUCUCUCUCUCUCUCUCUCUCUCUCUGUGUGUGCUCAAUAUGUAAUGUCCUAAAUCGUCAUUCAACAGCGUGCUUUUGAUUUUUUUAUUUAUUUUUAAACUCAGUGAAUGCCAGAAGGCUUCACUUUUGAACUAAUUUGUAAGUGCAUAGCUGCUAUCUGAACCUUGUGUAGCAGUGUUGCGCAGAGUUAUAAAGCACAAUUGUAGCACAAAAUUUGGAUGGGUGGUUAAUUGUGAUUA